UGUCCCUCACCUCCGGCAGCCUCGAUGGAAUAGUCGACAGUUCGCUCGCUACUGUGCCACGGUUUGACAGCUCAAAAACAACAUGAACGUCAUCACCUCAUAGUUUAUCGCACGCCUUUUGUUUUUCAUUCAGUAAUUUAUUGUUUUUAACAUAGUGGGUUUGACGCAAGUUUAACUUAAACAUUGCGAAAAGAGUCAGCAUUCAGCCUCGUGUAGUUGUGAAGAAACACUUGCCAAAAAAUGUCUAAAUUACUGUUACCUCGAUUGACUAAUCGACAGUGGGCGACGGCUCUGGUGAUUGCGUUUGCUGAUUUUUGUUCGGCCGUGUGCAUCAGUUUGCAAGCUCCAUUCUACCCAGCUGAGGCUGAAAGGAAAGGAGCAACGGCGUCUCAGUAUGGUUUCGUAUUCGGUUGCUAUGAACUGACCGUUUUCUUGACAAGCCCGCUGUUUGGCAAAUACUUGGCCAAGUUAAUACCAAAAUUUAUGCUCAAUGGUGGUCUUGUGGUUACUGGCGUCUGCUCAAUUUUAUUUGGGGUUCUUGAUAAAGUCAACGACACGACGGCUUUUAUCGGUCUUUCGUUCGCCGUCCGAGUCAUCGAAGCUUUAGGUAGCGCAGCAUUUUUAACCGCUGCAUUUGCAAUUGUUGCUGCAGAGUUUCCCAACUCCAUAGCGACGACCUUUGCAUGUCUGGAAACGUUCUUCGGACUAGGGCUGAUCGUAGGCCCAACAUUGGGAGGAUUUCUUUUCCAAGUCGGUGGUUACAUGUUGCCUUUUAGUGUUCUCGGUGUCCUACUCAUCGCAGCUGCGCUUUUUACCUAUGCCGUCUUACCAUCAACCGAUCAUUGCGAUCCGCCACCAACAGGAGGGAUAUUGCGAAUUCUACGUAUCCCCUCCAUACUUUUGGCGUCAUUCACGGUUUUUUCUGCUUCCACAUCUAUCGGAUUUCUUUCGGCGACGUUGGAGCCUCACCUGCGUCAAUUUGAUCUCAUGCCAGUUACGAUGGGACUCAUGUUCGUGAUUGAGGGAGGCAUUUAUGCCGUUACUGCUCCCCUCUGGGGAUAUCUUUGCGACCGCAAAGUCCAGCCUAAAAUUAUUACUUUAAUGGGUGCAUUGUUUAUUGUCUUCGGUUUUCUUCUAAUUGGACCUGCGCCAUUCAUACCUAUGGAAACAUCGUUGAAUUUGGCCAUCACGGGUUUGGUCAUUAUGGGUUUCGGUGUGGGAGCAGAACUUGUUUCUGGCUUCAUCUCAGCUCUGCAAGAAGCGACGUUUCAUGGUUUUCCUAACAAUCUGUCGACUUACGGUUUAGUUUCUGGUCUAUGGACAUCUACUUUUGCUUUAGGAGCUUUCGUCGGUCCGUCAAUUGCGGGCAUUUUGUUUGACCAUGUUGGUUUCCGUUACUCAACGCUCUUCGUUAUCACAACAAACGCCCUCUUGGUUGUUUUGGUGGUAUUCUUUCUUUGUUGUCAGCGACGGUUAUCGCCAGGAAUUCUUGCCGUUCCCGAACAAUACCAAACAGCCAACUACAGCACUUUGGUUGGUGAAGAUUACGCAACUGGCGAAGAGAGAAACAAUUCAAAAACAAAUCGAGACAAAAUGGUGUCUAGUCUAAAAGAUGGGAUAGCGAAUCCCGAAUGGGUGACAUCUGAACAUUCCAUUUGAAAAGUUUGAUAUUUAAAAGUUGAAAAUGCAUUCGUUUAUUUUGGUUAAAACUGGUACUGACAUGGUGUGGAAGAUAAUACACAUUCCUGAGUUACGUAA